AUGAGCGAGAUACCAGAUACCCAGCAGCUAAAAGCCAACAUGAAAAAGGCAUACGACGACAUUGCCCCCGUUUCCCUCACAUGGACAGAAUCAUCUCACAAGGAGCGUUUGCUGCGUCUUGAGCCGCUUAUAGCAACCCUAGAGCCCAAAGAAGACCAUCAGGUCAACGUUCUUGAACUUGGCUGCGGUGCAGGAGUACCGUGUACCCAGCUUCUAGCCUCGAAGCCCCACAUAAACGUCACAGGCAACGACAUCUCCUCGACGCAGAUUGCGCUGGCUCGGGAGACGCUGCCCAGCUCCGUCGAGCUGAUUGAAGGGGAUAUGAUGGGGUUGGAGUUCAACCCGGAGCAGUUCGAUGCCGUGUUGGCGAUGUAUUCCCUGAUUCAUCUUCCAAGGGAGGAGCAGCGCGAGAUCCUACGUCGGAUCCGCACGUGGUUGAAGCCCGGCGGAAGAUUUCUCGCUAAUUUCAGUGCGGACGGCUUUUUGGGCGCAGUAGAUAAUUCUUGGCUCGGAGGGAAGGAGGGCGCGGUAUUCUGGAGUGGGUGGGGAAGAGAGAAGACGAACGAGAUCAUGCGGGAGAUUGGUUUCGCGCUCGAAGUCGACGAGAUAACGGAAAGUGUCGAGGAAGACAGCAAUGGCGUUGGAAUCAGCGUUCCAUUCCAUUGGGUCCAAGCCAGGAAAUCCAGUUAA